GCCACCAGGCCGCAGCCCACCCGCCCCGGGCUCCGGAGACGUGCAGCCCCCGGCCCCCAAGGCCUCCCGGGGGCGCCAGGAAGCCACCUUGGGCCUGUCCUCAGGAAAACGUGGUCUCAGCUGGGCGGGGGGUGGGGGGGAGACGUUCGAGCAGGCCUCAGGCCCUCUCCCUGACCUGAGGAGAGGCCCGGAGCCUCACCCUCACCCCCUCUUUGUGCAGGGCGCCGGCGGCCAUUGUGUCCGUGCGGGGAAUGGAGGACCCGGCAAUCCCCCACCACCGCCGCUACGUCCAGGGCCUUUGGGGAAUUCAAAGAAAAUCGGCGGUGUUUCUGGGGGGUCCCCGGCCGUCAGCCUCCCGGAAAGGCCCGGGGAUGGCCUUUCCGAAGUCAGACCGCAGAUCCGAGGCAGUUUCCCCCUCCUUCUGUCCCUUCUCGAAACCUUGAACCCCAUUGAGAAGUACCUUCAGGGUUUCGGAAGCCUUACCCCGGGCUGGUACUUAAAUAGAAACGACAACAACAACAAAAAACCUAAACCCCACACCAGCCACCUCCGGGAGAGUUCUCCUGGCUCCCAGUAGGAGGCGGAGAGCCAAGGGGCGUGCAAGAGCGAGGGGGCUGGGCUCUCGGGUGGCAGGAGGCCGCUGCCGAGUGGCCGCCCUCGAUCCGGGCGAUGGAGGAGGAAGCAAGCGAGGGGGCCGGUUCCUGAGCUUCGUAAUUCCUGUAUCGCCUUCUGGGCUCCCAGCCUGCCGGGUCGCAUGAUCCCUCCGGCCAGAGCUCCUUUUUUUGCCAGCCGCCGUGAGGCCGGCUGAGUUGCCGGCAUCCCGGCUGCCACCUCUUCUCCCGACCUAUGUUACAAAAGAUCUUCCGGGGGUUGCACCUGCCUGCGGUCGCCUGAGACGGAUUUGAAUCUCUUUUUCUUCCAUCAGAACCUUAUCUUGGCUUUGGAUCUCAGAAGAGAACCACCAAGCAGAGACCAGACUCAGUGAGUGAGCAGGUGUUUUGGACAAUGGACUGGUCGAGCCCAUCCCUAUUAUAAAAAUGUCUCAGAGCAACCGGGAGCUGGUGGUUGACUUUCUCUCCUACAAGCUUUCCCAGAAAGGAUACAGCUGGAGUCAGUUUAGUGAUGUGGAAGAGAACAGAACUGAGGCCCCAGAAGGGACUGAAUCAGAGAUGGAGACCCCCAGUGCCAUCAAUGGCAACCCAUCCUGGCACUUGGCGGACAGCCCUGCGGUGAAUGGAGCCACUGGCCACAGCAGCAGCUUGGAUGCCCGGGAGGUGAUCCCCAUGGCAGCGGUGAAGCAGGCGCUGAGGGAGGCCGGGGAUGAGUUUGAACUGAGGUACCGGCGGGCAUUCAGCGACCUGACAUCCCAGCUUCACAUCACCCCAGGGACAGCAUAUCAGAGCUUUGAGCAGGUAGUGAAUGAACUCUUCCGGGAUGGGGUGAACUGGGGUCGCAUUGUGGCCUUUUUCUCCUUCGGUGGGGCACUGUGCGUGGAAAGCGUAGACAAGGAGAUGCAGGUAUUGGUGAGUCGGAUCGCAACUUGGAUGGCCACUUACCUGAACGACCACCUAGAGCCUUGGAUCCAGGAGAACGGCGGCUGGGACACUUUUGUGGAACUCUACGGGAACAAUGCAGCGGCCGAGAGCCGGAAGGGCCAGGAGCGCUUCAACCGCUGGUUCCUGACAGGCAUGACUGUGGCUGGCGUGGUUCUGCUGGGCUCACUCUUCAGUCGGAAAUGACCAGACACUGACCACCCACUUACCCUCCCUGCCCUACCCUGCCCCCACCACAUCCCUUUAUCCAGCAACCAUUGCCACCAGGAGAACCACUACAUGCAGCCUGUGGCCACCUACCCAUCACAGGGUUGGGCCUAGACCUGGUCCCCUGCAAUUAGUUUUCUAGAAAUCUACCAUGCUUCUGUGAAAGCCGCCUUCCCCACACCUCUGUUCUCCUGGCCUCAGAACCCACAGAGUUUCCCCAAAAUCUGCCCCAUGGAAGCUGGCAGGUGUGGGGGUGUAUGUGGUUGGGGGCUGGAGGGCCCUGCCUGUUUGGUGGAACCCCCCAACCCCUUAGCCUCCCUGAGAAUGCUUUCUUGCCAGGGAGCUGGAAAGUUUUCUGACCCUUUUCCCCAGGAGAGACUAGAUUGCCUUCGUUUUGAUGUUUGUGGCCUCAGAAUUGAUCAUUCCCUAUCCCUUCCAGGAUCUAGGUCCCCUUCCUAUCAUCCCCACCUUCCCAAGAGCCACUUAGGGGCCACUUUUGACUAAUUAGGGAUUCAAGCUGCUUGGGAUAAAGAAACAAGGACCAGGACCCCCUCUCCACCUCUGGCCUGGCCAAAGUCCCUGACCCCAAUCCCAGUGUCCUCCAGAGGCCUCUGGCUAGAGGCCAGCCCCACCCAGGGUGGGGGGCUGUAGCUGCAGGAAGCACCCCAUGCCAAAGCUAGGGUGGCCCUUGCAGUUUAGCACCACCCUAGUUCCUUUCCCCUUCCUUUCCCUUGGCUCCCAUGACCAUUACUAAGGGACCAACUGGGCCCGAGGCAGGUGCCCCAGAGCUGUUUAUGGCCUCAGCUGCCUCACUUCCUGCGAGAUCAGCCUGUGGCAUCUUUGCCUUGGGCUGCUGCCCACAGAGUUCAGGGGUUCGGGGGCCUCGGCCCAGACGUGAAGGGGAGCUACAGGGAGCAGCUGUGGGAGCCCUAGAGUCUUCCCUACCUCAGGCAGGAAGGGCAGGAAGGAGACCCUGAUGCACGAGGUGUAGGUGGGGGUGGCUGGAAGGGCCAGUCCUACCUGGUCAAACAGGUGUGUGCCCCACCCCCAUUCAGCCUGGGUCACCAGGCUGCCAAGGUCAGAGUGGCCUGGCCAGGAGUCCUUCAGGCCUCCCUCUACUCCACCCAUGGCCUGUCUCAUCCCCGGGGGUCCCGGCCUACCCCUAGCCAUCCCAGGCUCUCUGCUGUACAUAUUCAAGACUAGUUUUUAUUCCUUGUGAAGAUGAUAUACUAUUUUUGUUAAGCGUGUCUGUAUUUAUGUGUGAGGAGCUGCUGGCUUGCUGUGCGUGUGCACGUGGAGAGCUGGUGCCCGGAGACUGAACGGCCUGAUGCUCCCUCCCCUCCCCUGGUCUGGGGAAGCCAGCUGGGGGUCCUGGCUCCUUAGGGGCAACUGUUUCCCCCCCCCCCAACUCAGCCCCCACCCCACACUUGUUCCAGCUCUUUGAAAUAGUCUGUGUGAAGGUGAAAGUGCAGUUCAGUAAUAAACUGUGUUGACUCAGUGAGCAAA